AUGGUUCAUGACAUCGGUAUGCCUACACUAUUUUUCACAUUAUCAGCUGCAGAUUUAUACUGGCCAGAAUUGCUGGAAAUUAUGGCACCGAAUAAAGAUCUCUUAAACGACAACUCUCCUCAGUCAUACACGGAAAGGAACAAACUGCUGCAAAACAACCCGGCUUUAGCAGACUGGUUCUUUGUUGAACGGGCUAAAAUCUUUAUUCACGAUGUCCUCAAACCGCAUUUACACAUCGUGGACUACUGGUAUCGGUUUGAGUUUCAGCAUCGAGGGAGCGUCCAUCUACAUGGAUUACUGUGGUUGGAGAAUGCACCGGAUACGGCACGGCUAAGCGAGAUGGCUCCAGAAGAAAGACAGGUUGUUGUUGACUACUUCGACAAAUUGGUUAGCUCAAUGAAUCCAGGAAUUAAUAGUCCUCCUUCAAAUAUUCACCCAUCAUCCCAGAAGUUGUCUAAAGUAACUGACAGUAAAGCAGACUACAUUAAGCUCGUCAACCGGUUAGAGCGACACACGAUUUGUAAACUGGGCGCCUGUCUUCGAAUGAAAAAUGGGCAGCUGCUUUGCCGCUAUGAGUUUCCGAAAGAUAUUAAGGAGAUUUCCGAAUUGCUAGAGGUCGCCAGCAAAUGGAAACUGGAGCAAAAGCUUGCCGCCAGUGUUGGAUCGGCCGCUUUAUGGCGAUGGAUACAAAAACGACUCGCUAACCACGGGCAACUGAUCUACCGAAUAGCAUUCACCAAGGCCUUUAUAUUCACCACGUCCCAGCGGCAGAGCGGAGCAGAACCGGAACAACAACAUUUUCGCGAUGCAUUAGACCGACUGAGCGUUGGGCAGUCCACAAUGCUGGAUUACGACAAAAUGAUGUCCCGCAAUUAUGGCCUGCUACCCGAAGAAGAGCGCGAAUCUUUUAAAAGUGCCAUCCGCCUGUUUACUGAGCGUGAGCCAGCGCGCCAGUAUAACAUUAAAGCCCUCACUGACCUUCGAAUGCCGGUGGCGAAAAUAAAAGCAAAGCACAACAACAAGGCGGCCGGCAGAGGGAAUGACCAGCAAGCUAUGGGGCUGGAUUCGGUUCUUUAUUUGUCAAGGGGAUCUCGUGUGAUGCUCAAGCGCAACCUGUGGACGCAUAAAGGACUUGUGAAUGGCGCUUUGGGCUUCGUUCGGGACAUUAUAUAUGCGCCGGGCACGUCUCCAGAAAAUGCAAUGCCGCUUGCUGUUCUUGUGGAGUUUGACAAAUAUAAAGGCCCAACAUUUGCCAACAACUGUGUGCCGAUAUGCCCUAUUACAUCCGAAUGGAUUGACGGUGGCCAGAAGUGCGUCCGUACUCAGUUUCCCCUAGCGCUGUCGUGGGCAAUUACUGUCCACAAGGCCCAAGGUAUUACAUGCGAUCGGGCCGUUGUUCACCUAGGUCUGAAGGAAUUUGCGUCGGGUUUAAUUUAUGUGGCUGUAUCACGUGUUAAAUCCUGGAAGGGGCUAGCUUUGGAACCGACAUUUCCGUUUUUCCUCCUCUCCAGUAUAAAGACGAAGAAGACCACCAUUCAAAGAAUCAAAGAAGAAGACCGUUUAAACCGCUUAAAAUAA